UUCUUCCACGUGUUUUCAUCCCUUCUUAUCUUUAUCAGUACUCCCUCUCCUCUUAUAACUCAGCACUUCCUCUCCUCAACGAUAAGCCUUGUUCCGUACGAUUUCAUCUUUCAUUGUUUCUGUCUGUCAAAGUUCAAGUCCAAUUCCAUGGCAUCUAGUUCUACUUCCCAAGAAAUUGUUCCCUCUCCAUCUACUUCUGCUACACGCUCAAGGGGAUUCAGAUCUAUGUUUUCAUCCCGCUGUAAUUGCUUUAAUUGCUGUUCAGUCCAAUCCAAUUCUAUACCAUCUACAUCGACCACUAGUACUCAGCCUACACAUGCUUCUCAAGGGAUCACACCAUCUCCCUCUGAUACGCAUGCUUUUGAACAAGCUGCACCUGCAUCUACUUCUACUCUUAGUUGUAACACUAAGCGUGAACCAGAGAAUGAACAUACAAAUGCUUUUGAAGGGAUCGCACCCUCUCCAUCCACUUCUGGUAGAUCCACAAUGCCAGAGAGAAAGCUACCAUACGAUGUAUUUAUUAAUCAUCGUGGCCCUGAUGUCAAGCACACACUCGCAGCCAGUCUCUAUAACACCCUCACUGUCAUGGGAUUGAGGGUUUUUCUUGACAAAGAAGAGCUUGAAUUGGGGGAUUUCUUGCCCACAGAAAUAGAAGAGGCGAUGCGCAGUGCAUCUCUUCAUAUAGCUAUAUUUUCCCAAAAUUAUGCAGAAUCCCCAUGGUGUUUGGCAGAGCUUUCAUUUAUGAUCAAAACGGGCACUAAAAUUGUUCCUGUCUUCUAUCAUGUUGAGACUGAUGUUGUUCGAUAUGCAAAAGGGGUCUAUGCCGAAGCAUUUUCACGACAUGAAGAAAAGGGUAGAUAUACCUUAAAAAUGCUUCAGGAGUGGAAGAAUGCGCUCAAGAAUGUUUCAUAUAAUUUCGGUGACAUAGUUCGUGAUGAAGAUGAUGUGGGGAGGCUGCUCAAGAAUAUUGUGAAUCAUGUUUUGAAAGAAAUAAAAAAUGUGCCAUUUGAGUUUGCCAAGCAUCCAAUUGGACUAGAUGAAGCUUUCCAAGAUUUUGAAAGGACAAGAAUUCAAUCUGCAGGAAGCCAACACAAUGUGCAAAUUGUGGGAAUAUGGGGCAUGGGUGGCUCUGGCAAAACGACUCUUGCCAAACAGAUAUAUAAUAAUAAACAUAUAACUAUGGACAAAUCUAGUUUCCUAUUAGAUGUCAGAGAUGCUGCUUCCAGAAGUAAAUUGCACAAGAAACAGAAGAAACUUAUAGAGGACCUUGGUAUCCAAGGAGUAUCAAUUGAGAAUGUAGAAGAAGGGAAGAGGAUUCUCAGUAAUCGUUUGCAAUCUAUUCGGGUGCUCAUCAUUCUGGAUGAUGUAGAUAAUGUAGACCAAUUGGAUGCUCUAGUGCCCAGGAAGGACGGUCUUGGAUGGGGUAGUCUGAUUGUGGUCACUUCAAGAGAAUUUGAAGUCUUUCGAUCCUCGGGUAUCUCAUCUAUUUAUAAAAUGAAAGCAUUGGAUCCACCUCAUGCCAAGCAACUCUUUUGUUGGCAUGCUUUCUUUGAGCCCUCUCCACACCAAGGAUUUGAAGAUUUGGUUGAAAAAUUUCUAAAUGUUUGUGAUGGGUUACCACUGUCUCUAAAAGUUUUUGGAGCACAGUUAUAUGGUAUCACCAAUAAAGAUUAUUGGAAAACUCAAUUGCAAAAGAUCUUAAGAAUUUUACCAAAGGAUAUUAAAGAGAGAAUGAAAAUUAGUUAUGAUGCCCUAGAUGAUGAGGAAAGGCAGAUAUUCUUAGAUAUUGCCUGUUUCUUUAUUGGAACAGAAAUAACUUCAGCGAUUGCAGCAUGGGACGGAUUGGGGUGGAAUGGUCUACACAGUUGGGAACAACUUUUGAAUAAAUGUCUUGUUGAGUCCGAUUAUGAUUUCAUAAGAAUGCACGAUCAUUUAAGAGAUUUGGGAAGAGAAAUUGCAAAUCAGCGGUCACCCUACCGACUCUGGUCUUCUCAACAAAUUAUUAAUGUUGAUAAUGGAAUACAGGGAAUUUCUAUUCGAGCAAUAACGACCAGUGUAACUGGAUCCACGAGCGAUACUGAGGAGUUCCAUCAAUGUUCCCAGGGUCGAAAGCUCGUAGUUAACACAAACAGAGGAUCCUAUAGCUUGGAACCGUCUUUGCUUGGAUUAAAAUUUCUUCAUAUUGAAGGAAAUGGUUAUAAUCAAGUAAUUGGUUAUCUAUCAAGACAGCUUGUAUUGCUUCGCUGGAAUGACAUUGAGCAGAGAAAUCUUCGAUCAUUGAGAUCAUUGCAAAAUUUGAGGGUUUUAGAACUCUACGGAAAUUGGAAUCGUGAGAAACGUUUCCUAAAAGAAUUAUGGAAGACUGAUGACCAUGCUCCUGUGCAGUUGAGAGAGUUGGUUAUUUUUAACUGCUCAGAAUUCCAAGGAUUUCCAAAGUCAAUAGGAUGUCUUAAGCAUUUGAAAAAGAUAGCUGUGAUAAACGGCAGUAAGAUGACGAAUUUGCCGAAGGAAUUUUGUCUUCUUCAAUCGCUGGAGCACUUGGAGUUAUGGGAUCAAGAGCUGUCAUCACUACCUAGCGGUUUUGGUGAUUUGAAAAACUUGAGGCAUCUUGAGUUGCGCAAUUGUGGGAAAUUAAAAAGGUUACCAAUCUCUUUUAAGGAGCUGACACUUCUGCAACACAUCUCCUUAGGGGGAUGUGAUAACCUCAACUUAGAGCUGGACAUUCUAGAAAAUAUGACAAAGCUAGAGUAUUUGGAUAUCGAAUCUUGCAACAGGCUUUCGGAGGAGCUGCCUCGUCACAUUACAAAUCAGGCCUCCUUGACAGAGCUCUCCUGUCGGUUAAGGGAGGUACCAGUGAACAUCGAUCAACUGACCAAGUUGCAAAGGAUGAAUAUCAGCGGUACAAUGUUGACGAGCCUGCCGACAUCUGUUGGAGAUUUGUCUUCCUUGACUUCUCUUCGAAUUUGGAAUUCCCCCAAGCUGGAAUGUUUGCCUGAUUCUCUAGGCCGCCUUAAUCUCUUGCAGCAUUUAGACAUAGCCUGUAAAGGAGUGAAAUCCUUACCAAAAUCAGCUAGGCAACUGAUUAAUCUUCAAACACUGAAAAUAAGCUCGUGCUCACUCAGGGAAUUCGAUCUCGGGGCAGGGUUGUUCACUUGUUUAAAGGAGAUACAGCUAAUUGGAACUGAAGUGUCCAAGAUCUCCAUCUCUUGUCCCAGCCUCGAGAUUCUCACACUUUGGGAUAAUCGCCAUCUCAUAGGGAUAGAAGUUCCACCAAAUAAACUCCAGAGAAUCUCUUUGGCAAGGAGCCCCGAGUUGGAUGUGCUUCCCAGUUUUGCACAAUCAGCUUUUCUCCGAGAAUUUAAACUCGAAGGCUGCUACAGAGUCAAGAAAAUACAAGGUUUGGAACAUUGCAGAGAGUUAGAGGAGCUGACAACAGAAACGAGGUGGGAAGAGGCAGGUAUAGAAAGUUUGGAGCGCAUGCACAGAUUGAGAAUAGUGCGACUCAAAGCAGUCAGCAGAUCAGGCGUUGAAGGUUGCAUUCAAAGCAUGCAGAAAUGGCCACGAGAAGACAUAAUCGUUUGCGCGCAGGCGGUCCCUGAUGCUUCUGCACUUGUAAAAUCCUUUGCCUUGCCCAAUCUCUCUGUCGUUGACUCCUUCACUAAACGGAAGAUCAUGUCAGACCCAUCCCUCAAAUGUCCCUCCGCUGCUCGCUGCAUUCUUGUAUGUUUUGUUUUGAAUUGUGAAUCCCCAAAAACUUCAUUGCAUUUGGCAUGCAGUAAAGAAAAUGAGGAGCACAAAACAUAUCUGUGGAACUAUCCUGGGAUAGUGUUGGAGAAGGGCAAAUGGGUAUGGAUAGCGCUCUUCACACAACAUUCCGAGUUCCACAAGGAGAUUUCACGCCACACACAAUCACGGGUACACAUAAUUGGGGGUUACCACGCAUUUGGGUACCUUCCAUUUGAAGGAGAAGUGGAGAAAGGAUUGAUUGUGACGGGAGAAGAGGAGAGAGUUUGGGAGGUUUUCACUCACUUAUGGGCGUCUGUAUCAAAUUAAUAAUUUUAUUGUUAACAAUAUUAAUAUGCAUAUGAAUUAAAAUAUAUUCGUGCAAAUUAAAGGACA